AUACCUGUUUGCCUAGUGCUAACUGGUACAGGGUAUGCAUAAGAAUAACAGACAUACGCGAGAGCUUUUGCACGAUCUUGCACGUGCAUGCUUGCUCUCUUUCUCUCCCUCUCGCUCUCUCGCCGUUUUUGAAGCACGCACAGCUUCUCAACGAGUGUUCUUUAACACAUGUGUUUACCGUUUCUUUCAGUACGUUGCGUUCUUCGGCUGCAGACGGUUGGGCAGCAUUUAACGGGAACUUUUUCGGCAUUCUUCGAAUCAGUCGAAACGUGCGCAUAUUUCUUUUAAUGUCUCUGCUAUUUUGUUUAUAUUCAAAAUAAUUACGAUAAAAUCCCAUAAUCACAAGUAAAACGUACAUGCGGCAUGCGUUUUAUGUACAUGCAUAUAUAGAUACAUAUGUACAUACUUUAUUCCGUCGACUUACAUAAAUACAUUGUGUGUAUCUGAAAUACGAAAUUUCGUUUGGAAAAUUGAAGUACAAUAGCAUCUAUGAAUAAGUUAAUGUGUAUAAUUGUAAUUGCGAAAUAAUUUGUUUACAUUUUCGAUUUUCUGUGCGGUUUCUAAAUAUUGAAUUUUCGGUGCGCAAAAUUGGCACUCGGAUGUACUCUAUAUACGAUGUGGAUCUAAAAUGAUAUCUAAAACAUAUUUAAAAAAUAAAACGAAAUGAUGUGCCUAAUCAAACACUUAAACUUGUCUUAUGGUGUUUUAAGGUUCUAAAUUAAUGCUAAUAUAGUUCUCCAGGCAUUACACGAAAAUGGUACAAUUCUUUAAUCUUAUACGCUGCGAUCAGUUGAGUGGUCAUUCGCGUGAUACAUAUGAUAAUCUGCAAACCGAUAUUUGUGGCAUAGAUCGUGUCAAAUACAUUUCGACCUGUUUCUCCAUAUUGAUGCUAUUCGUUGGAUCCAUUUAUGUGUGGCGAAAAUAUGACGCGUGCCAUAAAACUUUGCUAGCAUUUCACAAUUUGCGCGCAGCUGUUUCGCUGCUUUUGCUGGCCAUUAAUAGUCUGGAGCUGGCCAGGAGUCUACUGCCCCAGCGCAAUGCGGAGCAGCUGUACCAGCUUUUCGACUCGACGCCCAAGGAGCUGAAUGUUCUGAUUAUUAUCGGUGCGGGCGCCGUGUGGAAUGCCCUGGCCGCCAUCCUGUUGACAAUUAUGCUAAUGUGUUAUCAUCGUGUGCUGGAGCGCAAAAAAAUGACAGUCUUUUUGUACGGCAGCAUUGCCAUGGAAUUGUUGAUUUUCCUUCUGCGCAUCGAUGAGCUGGCCGAGGUGGCCUUCAAUGAGGAGAUCUUUGAGCUGGAGACAUGCCUGCUCAGCGUGACUGUGCUCUGCCUCUUGACAUUGGCAGCUCUCGAUGGAUAUACCAUAUAUAAAGAGCGCUAUCGGGACGACUACCUGGAAGACUAUGACCAUAUCGGAUAUAAGCAUACGCUCGCCACGUUCUAUUCCAAAUCCUGUUUCUGGUGGCUAACGUCCCUGCUGUGGCUGGGCUAUAAGGAGCCGCUCGAACUGGAAGAUCUGGGUCACAUGCGAUUGGAGGAUAGCGCCAGAGCGCAUUAUGAUCGCUUUCUGUACAUCUACACAGAAGAAGUGAAAAAAUCAAAUGCAUCGCCAUCUUUAUGGUAUUGUUAUAUAAAGAACAGUUGGCGCAUGUUUGCAUUGGGCGGCAUUUUGAAGUUGGCCGGUGAUUUAUUUGCAUUGAUUGGUCCACUUGCCAUACAGCAAAUAGUGCAGUAUAUCGAAGGACUCUAUGCGGCGGCACAGGCACAGGCACAGGUCGAGGCACAGUCAGCUGCGGCAAAUAGAUCAAUACUAUUGGGAGUUGGGUCUACGAGCAGCCCAAUGUUGGGCACUAAUGCGGCCACAGAUAGUCCUGCUGAUGUUGUUUACUAUGAUGAUGUUGAUGGUGGCGAUGAUGGGCUUUUCAAUGUUGCUAUUGGCAUUGGCGAUGUGAGAAUUUACUAUGCCAGAUGGUCGGAUUUGCUAACAAAUGGCUGGAGCAUUGCUUGGCUGGUGCUGGUGGCUGCAUUGGCACAGGCCGCAUUGUCGCAGGCCUCCACGCAUGUGCUCAACAUGACAGGGAUCCGGAUUAAAACAUCGCUACAGGGUCUAAUUUAUCGCAAAAGUUUGCUUCUAAAUGCCAGCAGUGGUUGUGGCAACAAUGCCGCUGAUGUUGAUGAUGAUGAUGCUGAUGAUGAUGGUGACAACCCUGCCGCCGCUGCUGUCCAACAAAAUGGCAACACUGGGCUGACUACCAAUGAUAAGCCUGCGGAGCUGCCUGCCAAACAACAAACGGAGCGUUCAGACGGCCUCAGUGACAUUGGCGCAAUCACGAAUCACAUGACGGAGGACACUCUCAAUAUUAUGCAAUUCUUUUGGAUCGCUCACUAUGCCUGGGCAAUACCAUUCAAGAUAGCCCUGGUCAUCUACUUGCUGUAUCUGAAGCUGGGCAUAAGUGCGGUGAUUGGAGCCAUUGUGUGCAUUGUCAUUAUGACACCGUUGCAGUUCCUCAUCGGCCAUGCGAUGUCCAGGAAUGCCGAAGUGAUAGCGAAAUACACAGAUGAGCGAUUGAAAAAAAUUCAUGACACAUUGAUUGGCAUAAAGAUUAUCAAAUUAAACGCCUGGGAUGAGGUGUUCUUAAGAAAGAUUCAAGCGGCACGCAAAAAGGAACUCAAAUAUCUCAACAAAGACGCUCUGUAUUGGACCUUAAUGGCCAUUUUGACUCACAUUUCCACGGUGCUGAUCACAUUUGUUACCUUGGCUGUUUACGUUUACCUGCCACAGGAUUCGCAUCUGCAUUUCGAUGCCAGUCAUCUGUUUGCUGCCCUGGCUCUGUUCCAGCAGAUGACCGUGCCGUUGCUGAUCUUUCCCAUAACGGUGCCUAUUAUCAUUGCGGCAAGGGUGUCCACCCGACGCCUGGAGCGCUUUCUGCACGCACCGGAGAUUCAAAAGCAAUUCGAGGGUAUACGCAACAUGGCGCGCAUUUUGAGCAAGAGCGACGCCUCGCUGGACAUGUAUGAGACGCAGGAGAAAUCCAACCUGGCCUUGCGCACAGCCCAGGCGGAAAAUAGACUUAACGAACAGCGCCAGGCGCUGCGCAAUCGCGAUUCGGAGCAGCCGCCGUCGCCUGCGCCCCUGGCUCAAUCGGAGCCCAUCACUCCCCUGCUGCACAGCAAUGGCGAAUCGCCGGAGGAGCGGCCGCCGGUGUUUCUCGUUCACGAACUUGGUCACCACAAGCUCGUGCAGCAGCGCCGUGAGCUGCUACGCAAUACGCCCUAUGUGGCCAUACGGCCGCCCAAGCGAUUUGGCGGCACUGCGGAAAAGCCGAUGGAGUUUUCGGUGGUGCGUGCCAGGAACACGGAUAGCUGGCGUCGUGACUCACUGCUGCUGAAGAUGCCUGACGACAUAGCCGUGUCCAUCAACGAUGGACUCUUCACUUGGCAGCCCCAGUGCCGUCUGCCCAACGUACAGCUGCACGUCCAGGAGAUGACUAUACCCAAGGAUAAGCUGACCAUCAUUGUGGGCAAGAAUGGCAGUGGCAAGACCUCCCUGCUAUCGGCUCUGCUCAUGGAGAUGCCACUGCUUGUGGGGAAUAUGUUUUGGCAUAAAAACUGCACCAUCUCGUAUGUGCCACAGUGCCCGUGGCUGCUGAAUGACACGAUACGGGAGAAUAUACUUUUUGGAGAAUCGUUUCGGCCAAAACGUUACGAUUUUGUGCUUGAUGCGUGUGCACUAAAGCCGGAUAUUGAACUAAUGCCGAGCGGCGAUUUUACGAUAAUCGGUGAGCGCGGCAUCAACCUAUCCGGCGGACAGAGGCAGCGCAUCGCUAUUGCACGUGCAAUUUAUUCAUCGGCUAAUGUGGUCAUAAUGGACGAUCCGUUGUCAUCGCUGGACAAUGAGGUGGCCAGCCAUGUUUUUGAGCAGUGUGUGCGUCAAAUGCUUUUGAAGUCGAACCGGACCAUCAUCCUGGUGACGCAGCAAUUACAGUUGAUCAAGGAGGCGGAUUAUUUAAUUGUGAUGAAAGAUGGCCGCCUGCAAGCUUGCGGCAGUUAUAAGGACAUUGAGCUAAAGCAGCCGCAAAUAAUCGCCAAAUGGAACUCGAUAAUUGCUAAGGCAAACGAAAAUGCGAAGGACCAACAACAAAAUCCUACUGAGCGUACGGCUCGUGAACGCUGGAAGUUAUUUAAAAAUGUCAGCAAAUUGGGUUUGCAGCGCUCCAUAUCGAUUACCUCGGAGGCUGGCGGCGGCAACGGCUCGGAGCUAGAUUCUGGAUGCGUAGAUGGCAACGGAUCAACGUCAAUUGCCAAUACGCUCAAUAAUGCUGUUGAUGAGGAUGAGGAGGACGAUGAUCUGCCAGCGUCCCUGUCGCUGGCCAGUGGGAUUAGCUGUGGCUUGCAGUCGGCUGGCAGCUUUCAUAUGCAGCGCAAGCGUUCAAGCGUUUACGGCUCACGGCAUUUGAUCUACGAUGUGCCACUGCCCAUUGAUGAGUGCCAGGCGGACGAUGUCAUAAUGCGACCACGUCGACGCUCCACGCUGCAGCGUCGGGGCAGCAGCGCCAAGUCGAGGAACUCUUGGCAUAGACUGAGCGGUCUAAGCACGGCGACGGCCACAUCCACCUCCAGCACGAACAGCGGGGACCUGUUGCGGCGCAGCGUGAUGACCGCCAGUUGCAGCAGCUAUGCGGAGAGCAGUGCCGAUGGCGGCGACUCGAUCACAGGAGGCAUCACACCACCGCCACCUGAUCUGUGUCCACGGGCGCAGUCAUGGCAGCCGGCACAGAACGUGCAUCAUGCGCCCGUGACUCGCAACGUGUCUUCGCCACCGGCCAUGGAGGCAACCGGCGAUGAAGCACAGGUAUUGCCAGCGGCAGAGCAGGCGGCGGCACAGAGUCGUGGCAGCUUCCAGCAGUUUCUGCGACGCAUGUCUAUGCGGCGUUCCAACAAGCCGAAGCAUCAUCAUCGCCCGCUGAGCGCUGCCAACUCGAUUCGAAGCAUUUCGGAGGAGUCUAGCGGCACAGCCCUAUUGCCAACAGUUGAGCUAAGUUCAGUGCCUUCAUCGCCAGCCGUUGACAUGUCCAAUCCGCAGCCAACAACAAAUUCACAGACAACUGUCGUCGACUCUCCUCCUGCUGCCACUGUGGAGACACCAGUCAAGCAUGUUAAAAUUGACUUUAAUGCAUUGCCAACAAAUGGGCGCAGCAACAACAAUAAUAAUGGGGGCAACGAGCUCGGCGACGAGGUCGACGACGACGACGACGACGCCAACAAUGACGUUGACGUGUCAGACGUGACGACGCUGUCAAUGCAACCGAAAAGGGAAGGGGAACGGCAAGGGGAUCCGGUGCAGGAACAGGAACGGGAACCGCAUCGGGCAGGUGCAGUGUCAACGAUGGCAACGGCAACAGAUGUUGAACGCAAAUAUGGCCAAAUAUCGCAUCAUAUAUAUCUGCUAUAUAUGCGCGCCUCGGGUGUGCCCAUAAUCAUUGUCUUUUUUAUCACCGCACUAAUUUGGCAAUGUUUGCGUGUCUAUACGGACGUUUGGCUGCAGCAUUGGAGCGACCAAGUGGCAUCGAAUGUGGAGCAUCCGGAGCGUACGGACAUUGCCAUGGAUACGGACGAGGACAUGGCCAGCCACGAAGUCACGUACUAUUUUCGCAUGUAUGCAACAAUUUCGUGUGUUUGCAUUAUAAUGGCCAUGAUAUCAACACCGGCCGGACAAUGGGCCGGCUGUAAUGCACGCCGUAAUUUGCACGAUAAACUGUUGCAAACGAUUUUGCAUAAAACUUUGCAUUUUUUUCAAGUGACGCCCCUCGGACGUAUUGUGAAUCGUUUCAGCAACGAUAUGGCGAUCAUUGAUAAGAAAAUCGCUGCAACGAGCCAACGCUUGCUGCAGUUUACGCUGCUCUGCCUGUGCGCCAUAUUGAUAAAUGUGAGCAUUACACCCUGGUUUCUGGCCCUCACCCUGCCCAUUUGCGGCGCCUACUAUGCCAUCCAGAAGUUCUACAGGUGCUCGGCACGUGAGCUGCAGCGCAUUGAGAAUUCAACAAAUUCACCGGUCAUAUCGCAUCUAUCGGAGACAAUACAGGGUGUGACCACAAUACGUGCAUACAAUCAGCAGGCACGUUUCACCGAGAUACUCUUCAAGCGUCUCGAGGCGAACACGAUUGCGUUUACCAUACUGAAUACGAGUAACCGUUGGCUGGGCAUAUCAUUGGAUUACCUGGGUGGCUGCAUUGUUUUUGUGGCCAUUGUAACGGCACUGGCAACGGCAAGCGUCAGUUGCAGCAGCUACGCAAAGGAGGCAGCUGGAAGGAUGACGCUGGAGUCAGAGACGGAGACGACGACGACGACGUCAGGAACUUAUGCCAUCAAUAAAAGCGCCAGCCCCAAGGAACUGACACCAACACCCUCACUGGUCGGCUUGGCCAUAAACUACACGUUGUUGGUGCCGAUUUACCUUAAUUGGGUUGUAAAACUUUUGGCCGAUAUGGAGAUGUAUGCGGGCUCGGUCGAGCGCAUUGCACACUAUGCACAGCCACAGCAACAGAAUGAGCACGAGUCGGAGCAGGAACAGGACGAUCCGGAAAUCAGCAAUGAUGCCGAUAGGUCGUCCUGCACGACUACCGUUGACAAAGUUUACCCAGGCGCAACGUCAGCUGUCGUUGAUGUUGCCGGAGACCCAAACGGAGAUGCUGAUAAAUUAAAUGCAGCCAAUGCAGCUGCCGGCACCGGCAAUCACUUAAACUUCCACACGGCGCCAGUUGUUGACAGGCAGCAGCUGGCGACGUCGAUGAUUAAGGAUAAGAGAAUGACGGCACUUGGUGACAAGGUCGCGAAAUCUAAUGACCCAGCAAGGCGUCCCAAAACUUACCAAAGCGUUCCAAUUUCCUGGCCACAUCGCGGCGACAUCAGCUUCGAGAACGUUAGCCUGCGCUAUGAAGGACAAAGGCAGAACGUUAUCAGCCAUCUGAAUUUGAAGAUACCAGCGGGCCAACGGAUUGGCAUCUGUGGCCGCACGGGCAGCGGCAAAUCCUCGCUGGCCCUAUCCCUGUUUGCUGUAUUGGAGACGACAAGUGGCCAUAUUCGCAUCGAUGAUGUGGACAUUGAGCAAAUCCGGCCAGACGAGCUGCGCACCAGAUUAUCGAUAAUACCACAGGAUGUGCAUUUGUUCAAUGCAACAAUACGUGAAAAUCUCGAUCCGCAUGGUUAUUAUUCGGAUUUGAAAUUGUGGAAUUGCCUCGAAUUGGCGCAGCUCAAGGAGUUUGUCAACGUGCAGCUGCCUCAGGGUCUGGACACUGAAAUCACGGAUGGCGGCAUCAGCUUUAGUGCCGGCCAUCGGCAAUUGCUCUGCCUGGCACGUGCCAUAUUGCGCGGCUCCGUUUGCCUGGUCCUGGAUGAAGCAACAAGUACUCUGGAUAGCAGCACGGAGCGUGCGCUGCUUAAGGCGGCGGACAAGGCUUUCCAGGGUCGCACAAUUAUAACCAUUGCUCAUCGCCUGAGCACCAUUCUGGAUUAUGAACGCAUUAUAGUGCUAGAACAGGGCCAAGUCGUUGAGGAUGGCAAUCCAAGGCAGUUGCAGCAACAGCCGAGCUCCGUUUUCCAUAGCCUCCUGCACAAAGGCGACCCGUUGAGCGCUGUGGCAAGCUCUUAGAGAUCUACAGUAAAGCUGUUUGAAUUGUCUGGCUACAAAUGCAUUGGAUUUCUGGUUGUUCUAUGCCAAGUAUUUAAUUGUUUUGCCUAAGUACUUUUAUCAUUUAUAAUUUGAGAUCAAAUGGAUUUGUUUUCUGUGCCUUAGUUAGUUCGUGUCCUUUGUAGUUGUGCGCUCGUGUGUGUCAAAUGUGAUUUUAUAUUUUAUACAUAUAAUAUUUAUGUUUUAUAUUGUAGCCUGUGUACGAGUAUCUUCCAGUAUUUUUCUUAUUAAAAAGAGCUGAAGUCAAA